CAGGAAAACUGCGGAGACCAUUCCAGCCACUCGAAUUCCACUAUUUACAUCGGAAAACAAAGGAAUUUCCCAGUAAUCGCGUCGAAAAUCGGUACAAAAGUGCAUUCAACGCCGCCGCAACGUGAAAUUAAGAUGAGAAUCGAGGAUACAACGGGAAAAUGAAUAUUUGAUAUUGACUACGUAGAAAGGCGAAUUUCGAGCAUCAAGCAACACACACCGAAUAAAAUAGCGUCAAGCAAGUUAAACGCCUAAGUAAUGGAAUGUGAUGUAGAGAAUUUGGAAGUAUCACCAAGUGAUUAUCUGCAGCAGCAGCAGCAGCAACAAAAACAGUCACCAACACCUCCGCCGCUGCUCCAACAUGCCUCCGACGACAAAGAUCCGCUAGAAUUUAGUCAGCAGUCGACGUCGCCCACUGCCGAUGCCGCGCUCGACCGACAAAUUUUCCAGCAGGAAUCUGGAAGUAGUAUUUCGUAUGUCACAACGAUGCCUGGCAUCAUCACGACGACAUCAACAACAACCACCACCACGACAAAAGUCCCCCCGGCGGCAGUCGUUGUGCCCGCCGAAACGACGAUAAUUGUCGAGAAACCGGCAAUUUCGGUUGCCAUUACGCCGCCCCGUCACACGCACCAUCUGCGGAAACCCGUCCCAAAGCCCAUCGCGACCCCCACGACAACGACGUCACAAAGUCUCAAGUCGAACCAUCAUCAUCACCAUCGAAAAACGUCAAAUUCGUCGUCGUCGUCGUCAUCUUCGAAUAUCGCUGCCGAACAAACGCAAGCGUCGACAAUGCGCGAAGUGCUGGCCUCGAUUCCGGGCUUCAGCAUAAAGCCGAGUCGACGGAGCAAGAAGAAAAUGUCGACCGCUGCCCAAUUAGCUCAAACUCACGAAGGUUGUAUUGACUUGGAAACACCAGACUCAAUAUUAGUUGGAACUAAUUUACGUGCAUUAUUAAAUAUUAAUACGUUUUCUAUACUACCACCGUUGUAUCAACACAAGCUGAUUCAGUUGUUGCCGAGUGUCGAUCGACCCACGGAACCGAAAAUUCCCGCGGAAAAUGCCACGGAGGCAGCUGCUGUACCACAAUCUGUAGAAUUAAAACCGUCUAGCUUAAAUAAUGAAUUUUUUGCACGAGCUUGCUUGGAGUGGAAGGAACGAUUAUCGGAAGGUGAAUUCACGCCCGAAAAUCAGAUAAAACUGAAAUCCGAAGCGGAAAAGGAAAAAUCAAAAUUAGACCCGUGGAAGUUGAAGCAUUUCGAGCCAAUUUGGGGCGAAAAGGGCGCCACAACGGUCUCAACCACGAGCAUCUUGAAAAGUCAGAUGAAAGAGGAGAAGCCCGAUGUGGAUCGUCCUGCCCUCAAAACCACGAUAAAACUACGUCCAACGACAUCGAUUGCCUCCAGUUCGACAGCGACGCCGUGCUCGAUCGCGUCCAUUGUCAAAACGACGACGUCGUCGCCCCUCAAAGUGACGUCGCCGACGAAACGAACACGUACUAUUGGUGCAAUGACACGCGCAACGUCUGCCGUUCUUCAACAAGUACCUGCGACGACGACGGCAACCGCGACAACCACAACAACCAACAAAUCACCAGCUGCCGUUCCCGACCUGUUGCCGAUCCGAACGACGAAACCGGUUUCGUCGCGCGGGCUCUUAUCCAUGGCAGACAGUUCGUUGCGACUCACGGACGAUGCCGACAAUACCAGACUUUCUUAUCCAGUGAAUCACCUCAAACGCACACUUUCCGCGGAAAAUGACGACGAAAACAUCUCCGCGAAGGUGUACAAGGCGGAAAAACGAUCGGAACAAACGUUGACGAUCACGAGCUACGAUUGCGGCGACAAUAACGAGCGAAAACACGAAAUUACGCUGAUCGAAUCGACAUCCAUGGACUCGGAGCAGUAUUCGGAGACGUCGAAUCAGCAAAAUUCCGGCGGAUUUUGUUAUGACGAGUCGUCGGGCACACCCUCGGAAAACAACAAAAGUGGGCCCGUGUCAAACUUUUCGGAAAAUUCGCAACUGGAAAAUCUCAACGAAGCGGAUUUGUUCUACAAAUCGGACAAAAGUACGGAUCAGUCACCCACGACGCUCGAAACGACGACAGAGGACAAUGGCACGACGGAACUGCAUGACGACAUCCAAUACAUUUACCAGAACGAGGUUAGUUGCGGCGCGAACGAAGAUAUUGCCGAAGAAGAAACUGUUGUGGAAGAGCAAAAUAGCAACAGUGGCAGUAAUAGUAGCAAUUCAACGGAAACCACGGGACUUAAUGCGGAUUACCAGACGAAUUUCCAUCAAAUUUCGCAAAAAGCCGAAUCUCAUGCCGUCGUUGAUGAUAAUCAAAUUGAAAUUGUAAGCUGUGAUAAUUUAGGAGAAAUUAUGCAAGCGUCAUCGUCCACAACGGCGAACGUGGAGGACGCGACGCAGUUAAUGGCUGGCAACAACGCGCACGAACGCGACACAACAACGAUGGAAGAGCUCGGCAUCAGUGUGCACAAUGAGGAGGAAAUUGUGGCAGAUUGCACGGAUGCCAUUGGUGAUGAAUUAAUGCCUUGUCUACCGAACAUGCAGAACAUCCAGCUGGAUGACCCCGAUCAAAUGGACGAACAUUUGACGGAUGCCGUGAAUUAUGUGCUCGAAUCCGGAGAAAUGGCCGAAGAAACAAUUGAAUCCAAUUUGUCAGUUCCUGUCGAGGAAGAAAUUAAGCCGCAGCAACAACAACAACAAGUAUACGAAAUGCCUAAAAAUUAUAAUGCCAUUGCGACCAACAGUCAGGGUAUCACGCUCAUAUCGCCCCAUCCGAGUGUUCAAGCAGCUCGAAUCCAAGAACAACAACAACAACAACUGCAAGUUCAGCAUCAGAUUCAGCAGCAACAGCAGAAACAGGCUUUGAACGUCAAACAUCACAUCGAUGGCACGACGACAUUCAUUAUGCCGUCAGCGGAUUAUGUGACAUUCGACAGUUCGAAAGCGGGAACGAUGAACCAGAGCGGCGGUCGAUUCCAAAAUGUCCGAAUUAUCCAACAAAGUCCCCAACCUUCGCCAUCUCCAACGUUGACGCCCACGCCGGAGCAAAUUAUGCAAGCGGAAAUACUGUUUGAAGCUCCGUCAACUGCAGAGGUUAAGUCUGAGCCGGAACAACAACCGACGGAAAUGGAAGUCAGUAGUUCAAUGAUCUCGACAAAUUCGGCGCCACUGCAAAAUUUGGCGGAUCAAAGUUCUCUGGUGAACAUCAUUCCGACAUCUAUGGGUGCCGGCAACAUGGGAAUUGUCAGUAGCGGCGGCAAUAUUAUCGUCGCCACAAGCAAUUCCAUCCGGACACCCAUCAAUCCCGCACAAUUCUCGACAAUUUGCAUUCCAUCAUCGGCCGGAGUUCCUAUCCACACUGCACCAACGAUCAACAAUACAACCAAAGCAAUACAAUUGAAUCAACAUUUUUUAAUUCAGAAGCAGCAGCAGCAACAGAACCCACAAGUGCAUCACAUAGCGACUGCAACGCAACCCGUAACGUCGGCAAUUCAGCACGUUCAGGCGAACAAUAAGCCCUUGCCGAAGCAAAUUAUCUACGCGCAUCAUCCGGGCACGACGACAAUCGUCACGGCAAAGGACAGUUCCGGACAGACGAUUCAGGUGCAGCAACCGAACGCAUUCCCCAACCAGAAAGCCAUCGUGACGAGUGUGAGAAUUCAGCAGGCAGCGCAACAACAACAAGCAGUAACGCAACAACAACAACAGCAGCAACAAACGACGGUUCCCGUGACACGAACAACGGCCUUUGCGCAACGCGUGACGCAUCAAGCCGCUCGUUUGCCCAUGGUACAACAACAGGUGACUGUGCGCCCGCAAAAGAAAGACACCAACAACAGUAUUACGAGUGUGACGAGCAACAAGGGACGCGGAGGGCGCUCAAAUACGGGAGGUCGUCCGCCUCCGGGUGCCGUCAAUCUCGAACGGAGUUAUCAAAUUUGCCAAGCAGUGAUUCUCAAUAGUCCCAAUAGGCAUCAACUCAAGGCACAACUGAGACCACCUCAGGAAUUCUUAGCUGCGUCAGCUGCUGCUGCGAAAAAUAAAAAUAGUUCAGCAAGUGACUCGACAACAACCACCGCUACAACGACGAGUAACAAAAAUAUUAUCGUCACGAAAGCCAUAAAUGCCGAAAAAGAACAAACCCAAUACGGAAAUGUCACAUCCAGUAAUAAAACAACUGUUCGUGCCCCAUUUCAACAGAAAAAGACUUAUAUACAACGACAACAAUCCCCCAACUUGAUCGUGCGUCAAGUGUAUUCAACGCAAGCACCUCCGCCUGGCACUUCAAUUAGCAAUCCCUCGCCGGACCUUGGCACGGCAUCUCUUGUAAAUAACGGCAACGGUCAAUACGUAUUAGUGCAACGAACGGGCAUCAUUCAGGAAAGUGGACAACAACGUGCCUCCAGUGCUCCGCCUUCAAGUCGUCUCGUUGGACCAGUUGUGCAGAAUCAGAUUCACGGAAUAAACGGCAUCCCAUUGAACAUCGCGGGUCGCGGGCAACGUCCUGCCUCCGUCGAUAUCGACACAAACAUCUCAGAUCAGAGUCCGAAUCCGGGCAUUCAAGCGGUUACGCGUCGUGGUCCCAACCAAGGUAUUCCUUACAGUGACGCCAGUACAGAUCCAAAUUUACAAAAUUUUGCAGUAACGGGCGAGAAUUCCAACUCGAGUUCCGCUUCCGGCUCAUCGGGCAUCGGCCAUGCAGAACACAACUGCCAUUGUUCGCUGAAUGCGAUGGUCAUUUGUCAGCAAUGCGGCGCAUUUACGCACGAAGAUUGUCAAAAGCAAAAACUAUGUGUUGCUUGUGUGAUUAGAUAAGUGAAGUGAAAAAACGACAAAAGAAAAACAGUGAGUGAAAAUAUAUUUACGAGAAAUGAAGAAUGAUGAAGAAAAUUUGUAAAUAUAAAAAAAAGAAAGAUUUUCGAAAGUGAGCAAAAAAAUACAAUCAAUCAAGAUUUUUAACAAAUUUUAAUUUUGUAGCGCCUGUUGUAGAUUGUAAAUGUAUGUAUUACCGAGCGGCGGUGUGUUGCACGCAUCUCCUCUCAUUUCAAAAAAAAAAAAGAAAAAUUUGUACAUAGAAACUUUCUUUCUAAAUCAAAAUGAUAAAAAAAAAAGAUAAAUCAACUUAAUUUGAAUGAAAUUUUGUAUUCCAAAAUGAAAAUGAUGUUCUUAACAUAUUUUUAUUAUUAAUUAUUAUUAUAAUUACGAUUAAUUAUUAUAUAAAAUAAUGCUUUUAAUCUAAACUUAAAAAUGUAGAAUUUAUUCAUUUAUCGUUAUUUGUACUUGAAAUAAUCUGUAAAUAUUUUAGUUUAAGAUUUUUUAUUAUUUUUUUCCGCAAUUCGAACACCAAUAUCAAAAUUUAUCUCUAAAGAAUUCACAAAAAAAUGACAAAAUAAAUUUUACUGUAUUAAUCAACGCAUUAUUUUUCAAAACUUUACAUUUAAAGCUAUCAGUAGAAAAUCACAUCAUCAUAGAAAUAGACAAAAAAAUUAAUAUUAAGCCAUUUUUUACACUCAAUAUUUAAUUUUUUUUCAUUAUUUUUUUGCCAUUUUUUCAUCAAAAUUGUAGUCGUUUAGAAAAGCCAUAAAAAAUUUAAUAUCUUUGUACAUAAAUAGAAAUUUUUCACAAUACCAACACACUCUCAGACACAUGGCAAGGCAUAAACUCAAUCAUAGUUGAUCAAUAUAUAGCAACCGUUGUAGCAUAAAAUUAAAAAAAAAAAAAUAGAGACCAGUUUUCAUACCACAAAAAAAAUAAACGAAAUAGAAUCCUUAAAAUAAAUUGAAUUGCGAACUGAUAAUUUUGCAAAAAAAAAAAACAAUAAUCAAUAAAAAAAUUAUUAUCGAAACUAUGUAACUGAUGUUAAAUGAAAAAAAAGCAUUAUUGAAUGAAUUUAAUAAAAAAAAAUACAAAAAUUUGUCUACCUUAAAAAAAUACAUACAACAUACUAAUAAUAAACAGAAAAUUAAUUUAAAUAAAAAAAAAUAUAAAUUAAUAGAGAAAAAAGACAAUUUUUGUGUUGGAUUGAGAAUUCGGUUCAACAUGAGAUUCUGUCUUGAAAGAAAAUAAGCAUAUAUGGCAUCAACUUAGUGUGUUGCAUUUGUAACCAGACGCAGAAACAAAUCUAAAUAAUAAUAAUGAAAAAAAAAUACACAACACUCAUUUAU